UUAUCACUUGGAGUAAUGACCUUUGCAUUUGCCUUAAUCCUCUCGCUGUAAUCAAAAUCAAUUGAAUCCAAUCAAAUAAGCGCCAAGCAAAUAGCAACACUCCAUUCAAUCAACGUAUGGACGGCGCAGUCAGAUAUUAGAGACAAGUUGAGCCAAUACUUUUCCGGUCAUAUAAGGUUAACGUCGGCAAAAUGCUUCGAAGGCUCAGUUCGUUAAAGGUCAGCAGAAUGCGCGGUUUCUCGACGCUUGUGCAAAGCAAGGCGCUGGUCAACGGCAAUUGGAUUGAUUCUAGUAGCCGGGAAACAUUCGAGGUGCGCAAUCCGGCAAGCGGCGCGGUCAUUGGAAAUGUGCCCAACAUGACGGUGGAGGAUGCCCAGCAGGCGAUCGAUGCCGCCAAACAGGCCUACGAGUCGAAGGAGUGGCGUUCUCUGACCGCCAAGGAUCGCUCCAAUAUGUUAAAGAAAUGGCACAAACUCAUCGAGCAACACUCACAGGAAAUAGCUGAAAUAAUGACGGCCGAGUCGGGCAAACCAAUCAACGAGUCCAAGGGCGAGGUGCUCUAUGGCAAUGCAUUUGUGGAGUGGUUUUCGGAGGAGGCGCGUCGCAUUUACGGUGAAGUUGUGCCCAGUGGCACAGCAAAUCGCGAGGUGAUUGUAAUGAAACAGCCGAUUGGCGUUGCAGCGCUAAUAACGCCGUGGAACUUUCCACUUGCGAUGAUAACGCGCAAGGCAGGUGCUGCUUUGGCCGCCGGCUGCACAGUGGUUGUUAAACCGUCGGAGGAUACACCGUUGACGGCGCUCGCCGUGGCCAAGCUGGCUGAGGAGGCGGGCAUACCCCGCGGUGUCAUCAAUGUGGUGACCACCAAUAAGGCGGCGCCCAUUGGCGAGCUGUUCUGCAAAAGUCCCGAUGUGCGAGGCAUCUCCUUCACCGGCUCCACUCAGGUGGGCAAACUGCUGUUCCGCAACUGUGCGGAUGGGAUUAAGCGCGUCUGCCUGGAGCUGGGCGGCAAUGCGCCGUUCAUUGUCUUCGAUUCGGCCAACGUGGAGAAGGCCGUCGAUGGUGCGAUGGCCUCUAAAUUCCGCAAUUGCGGCCAGACCUGCGUCUCGGCGAAUCGCUUCUUUGUGCAGGAGGGCGUCUACGACAAGUUUGUAGCGCAGCUGAAGCAGCGCGUCGAGGCCCUCAAGAUUGGCGAUGGCAAAUCGACUGAUGUCCAAAUUGGACCCCUCAUCAAUCAAAUGCAGUUCGACAAGGUCAGCGGAUUUGUGGAGGAUGCGCGCGUCAAGAAAGCCAACAUUAUUGUGGGUGGCAAGGCACUGCAGGAGUUUGGAUCACUCUUCUAUGCACCUACUAUAGUCACGGAUGUGCCCGCGUCGGCGCAGCUCUACAACGAUGAGGUCUUCGGACCAGUCGCCUCUAUUAUCAAGUUCAAGGACGAGGCGGAGGCGGUGCAGAAGGCGAAUGAUACAAGGCGUGGACUCGCCGGCUAUUUCUAUAGUGAGAAUCUGCAGCAGGUGUUCCGUGUGGCCAAGCGUCUGGAGGUGGGCAUGGUCGGUGUCAAUGAGGGCAUCAUAUCCGCACCGGAGGCACCGUUCGGCGGUGUCAAGGAGUCGGGCGUGGGACGCGAGGGUUCCCAUCAUGGCAUCGAUGACUAUGUGGAUAUUAAAUAUAUUUGCAUGGGCAAUCUCAAAUACGAUUGAAAUUCCUACAAAUGCCGCACGCUAAAUAUAGCCUUAAGUUGCAGUCUUCCACUAGAUAAAUGCUUGUUUCUUGUGUAAAUUCACGCGGUCUCAAAUUUGAAAUAUAUAUAAUAAAUGUGCACAAAAAAUUAA